AUGCCUAGCAGCGAGGUGCUGCGCGCGCUGAAAUGGCUCACUCGCAGCGCAAAUGGCGUUUUUCAACAGCCAGAGACGGUGAUGCGAAGAUGUGCAGGCUCUUCGUCACGGCUUAUGGCAACUCUUUCAGAAUCGGCAUCUGAGAGCGCUUCUCAAACAGACAGCACGGCGGCGCCGCAAACCACUGCUAAUGCCUCAACGACUGCUUGGCGUCCUACGCCUCCUGCUCUAGUUACUAUUUACUCCUUUCCCUCAAUGACACCUCUUCGUUUCACCGAAUAUUCGCCAGACCAUCUUCUGCUGCCGGUUAGAAAAGACAUCCUACACCGCGCCGUUAUCUACGAGGGCGACAAGACCCGUCAGGGAACUGCGAGCACAAAAUGGCGUGACGACGUGCAUGGAAGCGGACGAAAGCUUGCUCCUCAAAAGGGUACUGGCAAUGCGCGAGUUGGAGACAAGAAAUCUCCAAUCCGAAAAGGUGGUGGUGUCGCGCAUGGUCCCCAUCCACGAGACUUUUCCACCGAGCUACCGAGAAAGAUCUACGACAAGGCUUGGAGAACUGCUCUGAGUUACCGAUACAGCCAAGGCCAACUGAUGGUUGUCGACAAUAUCCAAAUUCCUGAAAACUCAUCGCCGUGGUUUUGGAAGGGUUUCUUCCAAGCCAACCGGUGGGGGAAGCAUUAUGGGAGAUGUACCUUCAUCACGGACCAGAUGGACGAUGACUUAUUCAGUACUGUUCAGCCGUGGGAAAAAGACGCCAGGAUUCUCGAUCGAUCAGACGUGGAUGUGAAGGAUCUUCUGACAACAUCGAGGCUUGUUAUCGAACAGGAAGCUUUGGACAAAAUCUUGCGGGAUCACUCCAGGGACAUCGCCAAACCACCGCCAAAGGCUACCUACCCAGAAGGAAUAAUCAGCUGUCCAGAAGAAGAAUUGCCGGCCGAGGUUAGCGACAAAGCGGAGAAACCCAGAAAAAAGUUCCGCCAGCCGAAAAGCCAACCCCAAAGCUUUCAACAUAAAUCAAGAGCAGCUAUCCCACCAUCUCUCGGGCGCGAAAGACGUGCCUUGCUGCCAUUGAUGUUGUUGCGACCUACUUCCCUCCGAGCCUCAACACCGCUGAGCCGGCUCUCGCGGUCUACUUUUGGUGCUCCUGCAGCGAUGCCUCUACGCGCCAAAGUGACAAACCCGGGCUUCGCAAGCAAGAUGUCUCUCAGCACAGCGAACCCGCCUGUCGACUCUGACGACGUCCUGUUCUAUUCUACCUACGGCCUCCGGUUGAUCGAGCUCAACCGGCCCAAGAAACUCAACUCCCUCAAUGGCUCGAUGUGUGGACAGAUCGUCCCACGACUUCUGGAAUGGGAAAAGUCACAGCUAGCCAACAUCAUCAUGGUUUCCGGCCGCGGAGAAAAGGCUCUCUGCGCAGGAGGAGACGUUGCAGCUCUCGCGCUGGCUAAUCAGGAAGGCCCUGAAGGUGUGAAGAGCUCACAAGACUUCUUCGGCCUCGAAUACCAGCUCGAUCAUUUGAUAGCAACUUACAGCAAACCCUUUGUGUCGGUGAUGGAUGGAAUAACAAUGGGAGGAGGCGUUGGACUGAGUGUACACGCUCCCUUCCGUAUCGCUACCGAACGUACUCUAUUCGCUAUGCCCGAAACUACGAUUGGAUUCUUCCCGGAUGUUGGCGGCUCGUUCUUCCUCUCGCGUCUCGACGGAGAAGUCGGUACUUAUCUGGGUCUUACUUCUGAGCGUCUAAAUGGAGUCCAGGCCUUUUACACUGGUAUUGCAACCCAUUAUGUGGACUCGAGCGUUCUGAGCAACUUGACGAACCGACUAGCGGAGCUCGUCUUCAAGGACUACGCAACCCUUAGCGAGCGUUGCGACCUUGUCAACAAGACCAUCGCCGAAUUUUCCACUGGCUUGCCAUCCACCGAACAAGAACCCAUCCUUCUACGUUACAAACUUCGCCAGGCUAUCGACCGAUGCUUCAAAUACAACACCGUGGAGGAAAUUAUUGGCGCCCUUGAAAAGGAAGAAGACCAGAAGGAAUGGGCACAGAAAACACUGGAGACAUUACAAUCACGCUCUCCAACCUCUCUCAAGGUCGCCCUUCGCUCGCUCCGUUUGGGCAAGAACUGGGGCAUCAAAGAGGCGUUCCAACGCGAACAUAUCAUUGCCAGCGCAUUUAUGCGUCAUCCUGACUUCGUCGAGGGUGUUUCAGCCCGUCUCAUCUCGAAACCUGCAAGGACUCCAGUCUGGAACCCAAGUCGUCUCGAGGAUGUAACGACUGAAGACGUGGAUGCAUUCUUUACCGCGCCUCGUAGUCCAGAGCUUAUGUCUACCGAGUCAGCACUUCUUCCUACAUUCAACGAUAUCGACUACAAGGAGUACCCCCAUGCCAAGUAUGCACUGCCCUCAGAAAAGGAUAUUGAGAAGUUUGUUCGUGGAAACAAUCCCUCCGGAUCGGCGACGGUCGAAGAGUUUGUCAAGAACUGGGGCAGGAAAGAAGGCAUAAGGGCCAAGGUGACUGACGUCCUCGGUCGACGAACCAAAAAGGUAGGGAACGGGUUUGAGUGGAUUGAGGGCGGGGAGGAGGAGUAA